AUGGAGGACUCCAUCAGAGCAAACAUUCGUAGAUCGGGCUACAAUUCUCGAAAACCAGCAAUAGUUAAGAGCCUGAGAAAAUGGGUGAAUCGCUCAGUUACGAUGGAAAAUGUGCCGGAGGAGUUCCGCAAGCUCCAUGAUGGCUCUCCGUUUCUGCAACUGGACGAACCGGGGUUCCACAUUUAUUACUCCACCGGAACCAUCCAGAUGGCGCGCGAGAAUGGGCUUUAUGGCACUGUGGCCGACGGGUCUCACAGCUUGCAGCCGAAGACCUUGGGGCGCUAUGCGCAGCUGUACUGCGUGCAUGGUGUCUGCAACCAAGACCUUGACGUACCACUGAUGUUCUGCAUAAUGGAAAAGAAAACUCGUCGCGGGUACAAGAGAGUAUUCGAGCACCUGAAGAGGAGUCUGCUAGGAAUGGUAUUCCUCCCGCAAGAUCUGUGGCCUGAAGUACGAGCACUACGCGGUCCACCAGUGCCGAGUGGCGACUUGCAUGACAGAUGCCAAGAUUUCCUUAAUUAUUUGGAAACCACCUGGCUGAGUGGGCCGUUCAAAGAUCUGUGGUGCAAGUGGAGAGUUGAGGAGUUGAGGACGACUAAUCUUGCCGAAGCCUUUCACAGGAGAAUACAGGUCUUGGCAUCGGUUGACCACCCACCGCUAAGCGUUCUGAUCGAUGUUUUGAGAAAGCUUAACUAUGAAGCCAUGGCCGCCCUCACACGUCUUAAGGAA